GGAGUACUGAAGUUGAUCAGAUACAGUAGUUAGAGAGUGCAUUCGAGAAAUUGAUCAUGGUUUUUCGAUCCUUGACGCUGUUCUCCAGGUGCAGAGGACCCGAUGAACACUGGAGAAAGCGAAAAAUUUUCAAGAUUGCCGCUCACUUCAGAAAUCGUGGAAGAAACUGCUACAGUAUCACAAUCAGAAGGUUCCAGCGUGCCAUGCUGUUCUCUACCAGAGGAAGGCAGCUGAAGCGAAUGCAAUUGCACGAUUUAUGGGAGAAGAGGUUAGACGCAGCAUGUCACGAGCAAGGCAUAGACGUCAGGACGAUGAAAGAGGGUCUGGCUCGCAGUGAAAUAUAUGUGAACAGGAAGACCCUUGUGGAUUUAGCAAUCUGGGAGCCUCGUACCUUCAAAGCCCUGACUAAAAUUGCGUGGGCGAGGGCCAAACUCGACGGAUUAAACGUUGUCAAAAAUCUCGAUCUCCCCUCAGGAGUCGUCACUCGGGGAAUGCUUAAAUAAUCACUUCAUGUAGAGGAUAAGACUAUCAGUUAUUGAUAUAAAAGUUGAAUAAAGUGUUGAAAAAAAUGCAAAAAAUA